AUGCGAGAUAUCAUCUUCCGCUGCAGUCUGAGAAUCCCGAAGUCCGAAAUAACUUCUGAUCUGUCCCAAAGGGACGAAAUAGAAUUAGUCAAUAAUCACAUGAUGUACCCUUUUGGGAAAAGCAAAAACAUCGACGAAAGAAGCAAAAAUGACGACGAGGAAACAAAAACACCAGCAGCAGCAGACAUCACCAGCAAGAUGCGCAGGACGAAUAAGCAAAAGAUGGCCAGGACGGGUGCACCACCACUCGCCCGAUAUCCAACCUGCAGCGGGUACAUAGCGUACACGGCACAGUGCCCAGCACAACAGGCAACAAGACUUUUGAAAUCCCAAGUUCAUGGGUACCAACCCUGCCAACGAUCGUCCCACAAGCGCAAAUCUCCCUGUCCAAUAACACACGGAGUAAUCCGCCCCUGGCUUGAAGAUGGAGUCUACGGGUCAAAAGGGGCCUCCCGUAGCCCAAUUGGCAGGGAACUGGCCCAUCAAGGAUUGCUUGCCCCAGACAAGAAGAGACAGCUCAAAAGCGAGGGAGCUGCACCAAAUAAAAUAGCACUCGAUGGCGACCGAGGAGAAAAAAAGAAGAAGAUGAUGAUGAUGAGAGACCGCGAAACAGAGAAUAACAGAGAGAGUGGCCAGGCCUCCAGACCUGUUCCAAGCGUCCCCUCCCUCAAGGCAGGCGAGUGGGUUUAG